AAUUGUAUGCCUAAAGUCGGAGCUUGGUAAGAACACGUGAAUGCACCCUGAGCUCCCUGGUCAGUCCCUCUGUUGUAAACAGACGGUGUCCAGAGACGGAGCUGAACUCCGGGUGGAUCCGACCAGAACCGGGGCAGACUAUACAAAACGCGAUGCACUGAGAGUACACCAUCGCACUUUGCGUUAAAAAAGGAGGGACCACGACCACUGUUUCUUCUUCAAAGCCAACAAGGUCCUCUCCCGUGUCCACGAUGACGACCCUCCAGGACGGUGACAUGAACACCAUCGGCCCGGAGCUGCCCGCCAUGUUCGAUGGCAUGAAGUUGGCAGCCGUGGCAACUGUCCUCUACAUCAUCGUCCGCUGUCUGAACCUGAAGAGUACCACAGCACCACCAGAGACCACCUACCAGGCUACACCGCUCAGCCGCUACCUUCUCAAGUCCUGCCCGAUGCUCACCAAAGAAUACAUUCCUCCCUUGCUGUGGGGUAAGAGUGGUCAUCUGCAGACAGCUCUGUAUGGCAAGAUGGGACGCGUCAACACCCCAACGCCCUGCGGGGUCCGCAAGUUCCUCCCAAUGCAGGACGGGGCCACAGCGACCUUUGACCUCUUCGAAGCACUCGGAGAUCACAGCACAGGAGAUGACAUUACCAUGGUAAUCUGCCCUGGGAUCGGUAACCAUAGCGAGAAGAACUACAUUCGGACCUUUGUGGAUCACUCCCAGCGGCAGGGUUAUCGCUGUGCCGUCCUCAACCACCUGGGAGCUCUGCCCAACAUGGAGCUCACCUCGCCGCGCAUGUUUACCUACGGUUGUACCUGGGAGUUUGCAGCAAUGGUGGGUUACAUCAAGCGAGCUCUUCCCCAGACACUGCUGGUGGUCGUGGGCUUCAGCCUGGGGGGAAACAUAGUCUGUAAGUUCCUGGGUGAGAACAGAUCGAACCAGGACCGAGUGCUCUGCUGUGUCAGCGUCUGUCAGGGUUACAGCGCCCUCAGGGCCCAGGAAACAUUCCUCCAGUGGGAUCAGUGCCGGAGGCUCUACAACUUUGUGUUAGCGGACAACAUGAAGAAGCUCAUCCUGUCACACAGGAGCAGUUUGCUUGGCUUGAACUCCAGCAACAUCGGCGACGCAGACCUGAACAGACUGUACGCAGCCACAUCUCUGAUGCAGAUCGAUGACAGCAUCAUGAGAAAAUUUCACGGCUACAGCUCGUUGAAGGAGUACUACGAGAAGGAAAGCUGUGUGCACUACAUCCACAACGUGACUGUGCCUCUUCUCCUGGUGAACUCCUCAGACGACCCGCUAGUUCAUCAGUCGCUCCUGGCUAUUCCACGCACGCUCGCAGAAAAGAUGCCCAAUGUGAUAUUUGCCCUGACCCAACACGGAGGCCACCUGGGCUUCUUUGAGGGAGCCGUGCUGUUCCCUCAGCCCCUCACCUGGAUGGACAAGGUCAUAGUCGAGUACACCGACGCCAUCUGCCACUGGGAGAAGGACCGGCCGGCCUGCCAGAGGAGCAGCCACCAGGACGUGAACUCCUACCUGCAGAGCACAGGAGUAACACUCAGCGGGUAACAAAGACGCCUGGACACAAAACAACAGACCAAAACUACAAAAAGACACAGACACACACUCAGUGUUUUGUAACGAUGAUCGUACAUAUCAUAUCAGUAGGUAGGAAAUCACUAAAUGAAUUAGAAAAGGCAGGCCGAGUGGAAGUGAGUUCACCAAGAAGUAAAUUGAAACUUACAUCAGAUAAUAAUACUGGAAAAUGUCAUAUGACCCCACGGUGAGGUGUUUCUUCCUCGUUUUCUCAUUUAGCCUCCAUGUAACACAGCUUCACGCUCUGCUGGUCUUUGGCAGCUGCUGCUUCUUAGGUUUGGACAGCAGGGUGACCUUUGACCUGCGUGUAGAAAGAAGACAAAAGUACUUUUCCACAUGUUGCUACUUCUUAGAUACUGCAAUGAAGGGUUCAAGUUCAAAACCAGAUAUCUCUGCUUAUUUUCCUAAAUCAUAUUUUUUUGUGCACUCCAGGGAAUCUCAGUCAAACUGGUCUUUUCAUAAGAUAUCUCAAAAUAUUUUAAAAAUUGGGAUGUUUUUUAUGUUUGUGUGCAUUCAAGUGGCAUUGGUUUAUUCAUUACAAAAAUGACAUUUAUCUGUUUUUGCAGUUGAACUCUUCAAAUGUUCAUAAGCCAGCUUACAUUCAAAUUAUACAUCUAGUGUAAAUCAGAAAAACUGGAAAAUCAUCUUAGUGAAGCGCGAAGGACAUUUUUAUUUAGCAAAUAGUCUGAAGCCUUAAAAACCAUAACCAUAAUAUGCACUUCAGAAUAUGUCUGAUGACCAACAUCUGUCACAUUUUGCAUAUUAUUGUUACGUAGUUAAAAGAAUUGAACUUGUAAAGCUCAUGACCAGAUUGAAGUGCCUUAAUGUAAAUAUGAAUCUGCCGCAAAUUUGGUUUCUGGCUUCUCACGAAUCAUUGUGCUACCUCUGAUAAGCAGCAGUAUGUCAUGAUUUAUGGUUUACAGUGAUGAUUUCCAGCUGUUGUUAAGGCUCAACAUAUCGUCUGUCGUGUUCGGUCAAAAUCUUGAGUUCCUUGAUAUGAUAUAAUAUGAACUUGUUUAUUUCCAAUCAGAGAAUUUAGCUUUUUUUAUUGCAGGAAAAUGUGUUAAAUAACACCCAAUUUGGUUUAUUUAUAUACAUAUUGAGGCAUCACUGUGCUCAUUUUGACACCACUCUCCAGCUUUUCACUGUAAAUUUCCGUUGUGUGCGGUGGACCAUCAGCCGGUGUUGUUGCUGCUGACCUUCAAAGUAAAGGAAUCAGGGUGUCAGAUUUUUAAAGAGGUUUAACAGUUGCACAAACACAGACACCAAGAAAUGGUUAUCUUUGGUUUUGUGGGGUUUUUCUAACAGUGUAGUGGGUUGUUGAGAGGAUUUAUGGGCAGUUCAUACAAACUGGCGCUAACAUUGUACUGCUCAAGGUCAGCUUGUCAUAUUCCAACUAAUAGUUCCACGGUACCUUAAAAUCAGCAGUAACAGCAGCACUGUAACACCUCGUGCAAUAGCAUGAGGAUGGUCAGGCAGUUUAAUUUUCCUAAAUGCUGCUCUGAUUAUUACCACAGAAAAGCUUUUACAAUUUUACAAUCCAGGACACAAGAUGCUGAAAACACAUACGUGACUGAGGGGCUGUUGAGGACAGAGCUGGGUCAAAUCGUGUUUACAGACACUUUCAACAGAAAGGAGAGAAGAGAGUGCAAAUGGGACACAAACAGUAAGCGUAUUAAAUAAGAAAUCCAAUUGUGGACUCUCAAUUUAUGCACUUACCAAACAAACGGACCAAAGCACAUUUCACUUUUCAAUAAAAAGUAGCUCAACCUUGAACCUUUUAAUGAUUCUGCUGCAUUUUGGCCACAUGUGACCUAAAAAAGGGUCAAAUACAAUGGACGUCUCAUAUUAGUUAUUAUUUUGAACAAGGAGCAAUUGAAAAGUUUUGUAUGUGAGGUUUUUUGGGGUUUAUUUUAAGCCGCUUAUUGCUAACUACUGGACGGGUGGAGUUUGCCACAUAAAACAGAGAAAUGAAUAAGUAUAGUGUAUGGAGAAGAAAAGAACAUUUUUGUUACUUUAAAACACAGAAGACAUAAAAACUGCCACACAAAUGUACCUCUGCUGUUUCUCAUCUCAUGAUCAAUAUAUUUCCACGAGAAAUGUGCUGAAAAAGGUCUCAGACAUGUGCAAAAGAAGAGGCAAAGUUUAUGUGCUGAUGUUUUAUUUUGCUUUCUGUGGUUUGUUCUCUUCUGUUUUGAGAAGUGCCUAUGGUGUGAAUGUUUGACAUUAAUCAUAGUUUCCUGUGAGUAACAUCUUGUCAGACACUGUAAAUACAGCGGACUCCACCCAAGUCCGUGCUUGUCUUAUUAAUCAUCGUUUCAACCAUCAGAACUGUAAUCCUCAAUCUGUCCUUCUAAAAGACUUGCAGCAGCACCGCUACUGUGUCUGUAUGUGCAAUAUGUCCUGACUGCACUUUACUGUCUUUACAGUUCCUAUUGUUCUGUUUAGCACUAUAGUAAGUAUCAGCAUAUGUGUGUAACAUGUGUGAUCUAAUCAUGUGUUUUGUUCGGAUGUGGUGCACAGCCAGGACUGAUUAGUCAUAUUUGAACUCACCCAUUAAAAAAUAUUUUUCACAUUGA